AUGCGCGCGAGUCCUCUUUUUGUCCCUCCCUUCCGCCCCCUUACCCUCUGCGACGGUUGAGCCGGCGGGAGGCUCGAGGCAGGAUUGCAGCCCCGCCCACUCCUGCGGGCGGAGGAACCGCCCCCCCGGCGGCCGGCGUUCCGUCACUCUAGCAACCGGCCCUGAACGAGGCGGCUCGAGGAACCGCGCCUGGUUCCCUCACACCCCGCACCACGGCUGGCGCUGGCCGGCCGGCGGGGGCGGCACUUUAGAAAAGCCACUUACAAGAAUAUAUGGAAUUCUUAGGGAUAUCAAAACAGUUUCUGUGAAAAUUUGGCUAAUUACAGAAUUAUGGUUCGACUAACCGUGGAUCUAAUUGCUAAAAGCAUCAAUCGCAAAAACCGCAAACAAGAGUCCCUGGCACAGUACCUGAGAAAGAUAACUCACCUGAACUUAUCAGAUAAAAAUAUUGAUACAAUUGAUGACCUCUCUUUGUGCAGAAAUCUUAAUGUCCUGUAUUUGUAUGAUAACCAAAUUAAACAAAUCCAUAACUUGGGCUUUGCUUCAAAUCUAACACACCUGUACCUGCAAAAUAAUUGCAUUUCAUGUAUAGAGAACCUCACAUCACUGAAAAAACUUGAGAAACUGUAUCUGGGAGGCAAUUACAUCACUGUAGUAGAGGGCUUGGAAACAUUCGAAGAUCUGAGAGAGCUACAUGUUGAAAGCCAGCAGCUUCCUCUUGGAGAAAAGCUCUUGUUUGAUCCAAGAACUCUUCAUUCCCUGGCAAAAUCUUUGUCAGUUUUGAAUAUCAGCAAUAACAAUAUAGAUGAACUGGGAGAAUUAGCACUUCUGGAAAAUAUUUCCCAUCUUAUAGCAGUUGACAACCAACUUCACCAUGUGAAGGAUUUGGAGUUUGUCUUGAACAAAUGGACCAAACUGUGCAGAAUGGAUCUUAAAGGGAAUCCUGUUUGCCGCAAACCAAAAUACAGGGACAGGCUUAUUAUACAGUCAAAAACUCUAGAAUCCCUUGAUGGGAAAGAAAUAAAAGAUAUAGAAAGACAAUUCCUAAUGAAUUGGAAAGCAUCCAAAGCCUCCAGGAAAAAAAACAAGGAAGAGAGCAUGACAAAUGAGUAUGCAGCUUAUCCACAUUUCUAUGACUUUGAAACAGGCCAUCCCAUUGUUCCUGUUUAUUACAAUCCUUCUGGAAAAGGAAAACCAAAAUUUGUUAUUUUAUCUGAGCUACAUAGGUCUCCGCAUAACAGAGAAGAACCUCUGCAGAGACCCCAGGAAGGAAGUAAUGUUAAUGAUUGCAAAAAAAUCAGGUAUGUUCCCCUAAAAGAUCCUGGGUCCAAUUCUGCUAUGUACACUUGUAUGGCUGUCACUGAAGUCAUUGGAACUAAGUGUAUCUCAGGACAGAAUUUAGCCUAGCUCAGUUUGAAUCCUUUUAUAUCAGGUCACAUUCAUAUGGUCUCUCUCUUUCCCAAAAAAAAAAAAAAAAAGAUGAUGGAUUUUGACUACUGGCUGUAAACCCCAGUAAAAAUUCAAAGCAGAAAUGAGUAAUGGUGAGUGAAAUGUCAGACAUAUUUAACUGUAGGAUGUUACCUCCACAAAGGUAUUACAGUACAGAGUUGAACUCUUUGGAACAUGUGUGCUGCUAACUAUACAGAUAAAUAUUGAUAUAGUGCUGCACAAUUAUCUGGAGAGGGAGAAACAAUCAUUUUGCUUCAUCACUGUAGGUUAUUUCUUUUAACUAACAUAUUUCAGUAUGUUAUGCUACCAUAUAUGUUCAUGUUGCAAAAUACCAAACCCUUGGAGUAAUUAAAAAAAGAAGAUCUUACCUA